CACUUCGUCUUCCAUACAAGCCACGCUCUCCCUGCGCAGGCGCAGCCCAUGGACUACGAGAAGAUCCGCAAGGCGCAGAUUGGAAUGCUUUCUCCAACUAAACUGAGGAUGAAACUGAUGGGUUCUAGAAAUAGUUCAAGUAAAGGAGGGAUACACUCACUGAAGAACGAGGAUUUGGGAUAUGCAAGGAACCGCUUACUCUCCACUACAGAGAGCUCUAAGGAUUCGAAUGAUCUUGGAAUCGUUCAUCAAUCGCAGACAAAUGCAAGUGCUGAAAGUGUUCAUCAUCGAGUUCUCUGCAGCAUUAACCUGAGCACAAUGAAUCCAACAAGAGAUUCUGAUGAAGGCGGCAGCUUACGCAACACCACCGGCUUCGACGUGGCCUCUGGCUUCGAGUUUCAUCACACUGAUAGAACAAGGCAACAGUCUCUUGGUCUCUUUGAUAGGCAUGCUCCGUCGAAAUGGAAUGAUGCAGAGAAAUGGAUAAUAAAUCGGCAAAGAACAGACUCAAAUGUCAAAGAGAAACUUGCUUCAAUGAGCCAGUACCCUACAAAGCAAACAAGUCCUGCACAACAGAUGAUCGAUACAAGUUCUAUGACAGUGGAACACAGACCUUCAGUCAAGCAGCCUUUGGAAAGUGGAAGGAAUGUCAAAUUCACCCAAGAUGUUGACACUGUGCUUUCCGGUUGGAAAUCUGCAAGUGAUCUAAUGAGAAGGGUUACUGGUGAGCCAAUAGCUGUUUCAACUCUUCAGACGGUGUCGAUGAGGAACAUGGGUACAGAAAUGACUCCAGUCCCUACUCCUCUCCAAUCAGUAACUCCAAAUGGGAGUUCCAUUUGUUCUUUGUCGUCAUCCCCAAGACGACCAGGAGCAGCAGAACCAUUGUCUACUGAUAUGAACACAAAGAGCACUGAAGGAGAUUCAGAAAAUAGAGGUGGCAAAGAUAAAUUGACUGAAGCACAAACGCGUUUGAAUAUCAGAAGAGAAAUAGAAGCUCUUGGCAUCAAACUAGGCAAGAUGAGCAUAGCUUCCUGGGCUAGCAAAGAGGUAGAACAAUUUUGUUCCUCACCAAAAACCUUUGACAUCGGCAAGGCAAAAGGGGAAUAUGAAGACUCUGCUACAGCAUGGGAGGAAGCUGAGAACACUAAAUACUUAGCCAGAUGUAAAAGUGAACAUGUCAAGAUCCAAGCAUGGGAGACUCACCAGAAGGCAAAAAUAGAAGCUAAAAUGAAGAAUGCUGAGGCUAAAGCAGAACGAGUAAUGGCUUGUGCCAAAAAGAAGAUGACGGAAAAGCUCGUUACGACACAACAGCAAGUGGAACAAAAGAAAGCAGCAGUGAAAGCCCAGAUGAACAAGCAAGCUGAGGAGAUUUCCCGUAGAGCAAAGCAUAUACGGCAAACAGGUCAAAUGCCUUCAACCCAUUACUUGAGCUGUUGUGGAUAUCUCUAGAUUCAUUCAUGGUGAAUGUGGAGAACUAGCUUCAGUCUAGGGUUGUGGGAAUUUUCAUCUCCUUAGCACUGCCCUUCUUUCGAUAUGCUAGUCUAGUCAUCAUUGUCAUCUUUCCCUAUACUAAUAGUGCAUCUUCAGUAUGAUACUUGCCAUUGGCUUGUUCUUUGAUAUAGAAUAUAAAUAUGGGAAUAGUUUCAAAUAUCAUAAGUUUCAUCCUCCUGGAAUCAAACCUUCUCCUGAUCUCAUGAAUGAUCAUGUGUAACAAUUUGUAUUUUGUUCAUUCUUCAUCAGUGGGUAUUCUGGA